AAUCUUCUUUCUUUCUCCACCAAACCAUCACAAAUACUGCCAACCGGCAAGGAAAAUAAUCCCCCUUCUUAUUCCCCUCCGAUACCUUUCAUCUAUCAUAUUCCCUCAAACCGUCUAUCACAAUCACGAUGGACAGGCCAAGUGCCCGAGCUUCUGCAAAGAAGCGCAAAGCAGGAGAGGCACCCGAAAUACCCGUGGAAGCCAGCAAGAAAACUAAGCUCUACAACAUCAACCGCUCUUCCCCUGAUACCAUCAGUGAUAAUGAUGACUUCCAGGAAGAAGACACUACUGCAUUUACUACUACUGGCCACAAGAUCGCCAGAGUUUCGAACGCAAAAAAAGUUGCCCCCAAAGCCAAAAUCAACACCUCCAAAAACAGCAAAGUCACCACCAAACCUGCCGAAAUCGAAGGCGGGAGAGUCGCCGAAGCCAUCAUUAGCAAGCAGGCAUCCAACCCGACCAAGACCUUGAAGCGCAAGAGCACCGGAGGCGGGUCUGAGGAAAGAUUGGGAUUCGCCCUUCCGGCUAAGAAGGCCAAGGUUGGGCAGAGCCAGAAGGGGGAGACUACUGGUGAAGUUAUUGAGGAAGUGAGGAACGUUGGUGAAGUUCAUAAGAAACCAAAAGUCAAGGAGACAGCUGGAAAACACGGCCCUAUCUCUGCUCUCAGGAGAGGUAAGACUGGCAAAGCCCCGGAUUCCUGAACUGUUGGUAAAGAGAAAUUGACCCGUUAGCAGUUAAAGUCGGCACCGCUCCCCAAGGGGAAAAAGUCGACAAGCCAGCAAAGACCAAGGGCAUGCGUGACAAUCCCAAGGCUGGGAGGGUCAAGGAUACUGCUAGAGUUACCAAAGCGAUCAUAGCCGACAAUAGUCCCGAGACUUCCAAUUCCGAUUCCGAAAUUGAAAUAACUGCACCUGAAGGGUCAAACAAUGUCAAAGCUUCCAAGGACAAAACUGCUCUCAACGCGGGCGGGGGAGAGCCUGUCCCCGGGAAAGUCGCAGCUAAUAUCGGUCUUGAGAUGGCUAGGCGCCGCAUUGCCCCUUCGUGCAAAGCCCUAGAUAAGGAGUCCAUUGAUGUCGUCGAGAAUACAGUUCAAGAUGUCGGUACGCGCAAGGGCUCUAGAGCCAAGGGAUUCCAGCAGAAUGAAAACAAUAGCACUAGCUCCCAGGGAUCUAGAUUUGGCAAAGCGAAGGACAGGACUACUACCAACGCUAUCGAAGGAGAAAGGAACCAAGUGAAAGCCAAUGCCAAAGUUCCUCACAAUGGGCCCAAAAGUCAUAAGGCAUCCCAAGGUGAAACCUCCACCCAGGACAUCGUUGAAAUCGAUGAAGAUCAUGAGACACCAAGCUCCGGGAAGGCCAAGAAUAACGUUACCACUACAACUAAGCCAAUCUCUGCGCCGGCAAGCCAGGAAGCGGGCGGUCUUCUAGGACUCGGAGUAGCGAAGUCCAUUUCCAGAGAUGAUCUUCCAGAGAUUACCUCUAGGGCCUCCUCCCGUGAUGGUAGAGCCGGGGCCAGUACGUCUAUCCCGCAGAUUUCCGAAGUCGAGCCGCCGAGGCACCCUUUCAUAGUAACGGAUCCCAAUAAACCCCGUCCAAGGGGCCUCGGACGUACUCAUUUCGAAGAAAGUAAGUAAACCAUCUGCAGCCCCCUCCCUCUUCCAACUUCGCUAACAUGCCAAUAGCACCGGCCUACAAGAACCUCAUGGAAGUGGCUACUCAAGUCAAACGCGCGGCGAGAAUCCUGACUAAAAAGCUAGUUUCUGCAAAAGCAGCGAGCAAGAAUUCCUCAGCAGAGGAGCAGCAAAACAUCGUGGUUAAUGCUUGUGAGAAAGUAAAGAAAUUCGUUAAAAUUUAUUCCCCGCAGAUCAAAUUUCUCAACGCCGAGGAACACACGGCUCUUCUUAGGGCAGCCGUUCAGUGCUUGGGUGGUGCCGAGGCCGCCGAACUGCCUAACCGCGAUUUUCAGAAGGUCCUUUGGACCUUUUUGGAAGGAAUGAAACUUAGCGAGAGUCAAGCCAUAACUGUGGGUCUGUACCCCAUUCUCGAGAUCUACAAGAUGGAAGAAGAAUCCGGAGAACUAGGCCCGGGUGUCAAGCAACUCAUCGCCUCUGUCAAUGCAUCCCUCGUGAGGAAGAGCAAAGCGGCUGAGGCGAGGCUUGUAGACCCCGACUAUCUUCCGGAGGAUUAUCUCACGUAAGUUUCCACGGCCGAAUACCACUUUCCCACUAUCAGAUGAGCCACUAACACCAGCCCAUAUAGUAGAAUGCAGAAGCGCGUCCUUGCAAUGGGCAACGUCUCGAAGCCUAUUUCCGACGAAUGGGAAAAGUUCCUCAAAGACAGCGCUCCCCCGAAGGCCGUUCAGAGAGCUCAGCCCCUUAGCUAUGUGGACCAAGUUGUCCCCUUAUACCAGCCCAUACCUCCUACGAUCAAGCCUAAGCCUGCUCGAGCUAAAAGCCAGUGGGAGAAGAAUCAUAUGGUUUCUAAGAUAAUUUCAAAGAACCGUUCAAAUAAGAGGCUCGAGACGAAGAUACGCAACGCCUACAAGGUCGUUCGUGAGCAUAAGACGUAUGAUCUAGAACAAGAUGAUGGUGAACCUACGGAAUAUCGCUCUUGCGGAAGGCCCCCAAGGUUUGAUGAAACGAAAGAAGCCCGUCAGAUCUUAGAAUAUGACGCCUUCGGGAAACCUAUAUGGCCUAAUGAUGCGGAGGAAGCUGGUGGGUCCAUGGUGCAUGGCUCUUUCAGCAAUCCUUUGGAGUUUAAUUGAAGCCCCUUUCGAGUUUUUUCACCCCCGUAAUAUUUUACUCCUAGUUUGUGAGGCAGCUAGUUAUUAUCAGUGUACGUAAAUCGUUUACAAAUAAAAAUCUAUUACAUCCUCUGGGAUUCCCUUCCGGCUUGUGUCAGAUUAUUCCAGGUAUGAUAGCCG